AUCAUCGCUGCCUUCCUUAAAAUCGUUAUUACCAGCGUUUGGUACGCGUAGGUCCGCCUGCUCUGCCCACCGCCCUCUCUCUCCGGUCUCUCUCCCUCCGGCGUGUUAUUUACGUGCCCUGCCGAGUAUCUACGCAGGGCAGGACUCCAGGCUCCAGCUAGCCGGUGUCCCCAGCUCUGCCUGCCAAAAGCACAGCCUGCACCAACAAAUUCUUCUGCCACCAAAGCUGCCACACUCUGUCUCUCCUUUGAAUUUUUACACACACGCACUUUCUCUCCGCACACGAGCUUUAAUGGUUUGAUAUAUUGCAGUUUGCUAUCUUGCAACAUUGUGCACGCUGAGGAGUGUGAUCGAGGCUGCUGUCAUGGCAGGAGCCUUCCACGCAGCCUCGCCGCUCCCAUGGUCUUCCACGAGUGGCGGCAUGGGCAUCCCGUGGCUGCUCAGGAAGCGCGCGAGCAAAGGUGGCCAGCCGCUGAGCGCGCAGCAGGAACCGGACGAGGAUGAGGGCGUCAGCAUCUUCGGCGUGGGCGUCUCCACGCCAUCUUCAGGAACCCCGGCCCAGCCGUCCGGCGCCAGGAAGCGCGGCGAAGAGGCGCUCGCGCGGCUCCGUUCGGCAGUCCUGUCCGUGGUUGCGCGUGCGCGGCGUGGGCGCAGGGCGACGACGGCGAUGGGAUCGAGCGUGACCGGAACCAUCUUCGGCCGGCGCCGGGGACGCGUGCACGUGGCGCUGCAGACGGGCCCGCGGACGCCGCCGGCGCUCAUCGUGGAGCUCUCCUCCUACUCCACCGGCGCGCUCGUCCGGGAGAUGUCCUCGGGCCUCGUCCGCAUCGCGCUCGAGUGCCCCAAGACGGCCCCCACGCACACGAGCGGCGGCGAGAGGCGGCGGAAGACGGCGCUGGUGGAGGAGCCGACGUGGCGCGCGUACUGCAACGGGCGCAAGUGCGGGUACGCCGUGCGGAGGGAGUGCGGCGCGGAGGAGUGGCGGGUGCUGCGAGCCGUGGAGCCCGUCUCCGUGGGCGCUGGCGUUCUGCCCUCGGACGCCGGCGCCGAUGGGGACAUGAUGUACAUGAGGGCAAGGUUCGAGAGAGUGGUGGGGUCAAGGGACUCGGAGGCCUUCUACAUGAUCAACCCCGACGGCAACGCUGGGCCCGAGCUCAGCAUCUACCUCCUCAGAGUCUGACCCGGCGUGGCUUUGCUAUAUCCUCCUCCUAUGUUUGCAUGUAUGGUUUUUCGUAUAAAAACGAUAGCUCGUCGAUGUUAUUAAGUUACAAUAAUAAUCUUGCUGACUUUAUUUUU